CUCUCCUGCAGCUCCCUCCUCUCCUCCUCUCUACUACAGCUGGUGGCUCCACAUGCGCUGCGGCGCUCCGUAAACUCCACCGGGCACACCGGCUCCAGUCUGCAGGCAUGUCGGCCGGCGGCUCUGACGGGACGGCGGAGCGGCCAGCGGAUCUCGCUGCAGAGGAAGAAGGCCCAAACCAAGCAGGCUCCUCGCUGCCAGCUGUCGAGCUGCCAAGGAAACGAAAGGGAGAUGUGGAGGAUAGGUCAGACACCCAUGUACAGCAAAACCUUGAUUUCCAAAUGGAUGAUGACCUCAGCAGAUCUGAAGGAGAAGAUCAGCAAGUCAAAAUGAAAUGCUUCAGGGAACCUCACCGCCAGAUUGAGAAGCGGCGGAGGGACAAAAUGAACAACCUCAUUGACGAGCUGUCUGCCAUGAUCCCCGCCUGUCAGCCCAUUUCUCGUAAACUUGACAAACUCACUGUGCUGCGGAAGGCUGUACAACACCUGAAAGCCCUCAAAGCUGGGACGGGCAGCGCCUUUACUGAUACCACCCACAAGCCUUCCAUUCUGCCUCAUGAUGACCUCAGACACCUCCUGCUCAGGGCUGCAGACGGUUUCCUAUUAGUUGUGAGUUGUGACCGGGCCAAAAUCGUGUUCAUCUCAGAGACUGUCUCCAAGAUCCUCAACUUUAGCCGGGUGGAUUUGACAGGGCAGAGCUUGUUCGAUUUAAUUCAUCCCAAAGACAUCAACAAGUUAAAGGAACAGCUGUCGUCUUCUGAACUGUCGCCCCGCCAACGCCUCAUUGAUGCUGCAACUGGGGUUCAAGUCCAGGCAGAUACCCCUGUCAGGGCAUCCCACUUGUCUACUGGAGCCCGGCGAUCCUUCUUCUGCCGCAUGAAGCAUAGCCGAGUGGCAGGGAAGCACGAGGACAGAAGCCUGCUGCCUAGUACUUCCAAAAAGAAAGAUACUUACAGAUACUGUACCCUCCACUGCACUGGGUAUUUGCGGAGUUGGCCGAGCAGUCAGCUGGACUCAGAGGGUGAUGCCGAGAAGGAAUCUUCUAACCUGACCUGCCUGGUUACCGUGUGCCGCUUCCAACCUCAAGUGUCCCACCAGCCUUCCAAAGAUAUCAACGUCAAGCCCACAGAGUUUGUCACCCGCUGUGCGAUCGACGGCAAGUUCACUUUUGUAGACCAACAAGCCACGACAAUCAUAGGUUAUUUGCCGCAAGAAGUUCUUGGCACGUCAUGUUAUGAGUACUUCCACCAGGAUGACCUGCAGCACCUUGCAGAGAAACACAGGCAAGUUCUCCGAAGCAAGGAGAAGAUUGAGACACAGUGCUACAAGUUCAAGGCAAAACAUGGCUCCUAUGUUUUACUCCAAAGUCAGUGGUUUAGUUUCACAAAUCCAUGGACCAAAGAAGUUGAGUUUAUCGUGUCCUUAAACAGGGUUAUCUCGGGGCCUGGUCACCCAAAGGAUGAUGAGGAGGCAGGCAGCUCAAAAACAAAUCAGGAAGACACAAAGCAAAUACCUGUAAUUCCCGGCCUCUCAAGUGGUGCGGGCACAAUGGUCUACGCAGGCAGCAUAGGGACCCAAAUUGCGAAUGAGCUCAUCGACUCCUACAGGAUGAACUCUUCUCCAUCAAGCGGCGCUUCCAGUCCGUUUGGCCCGGUGCAGGAGAGGGGUCCACUGGUUUCCCUGCAAACCAGCAUGAGUCCAUCCAGCAGGGAGGGGGCUUCAGGCAGUUCAUCACAGUCCCAGUCUGACUCAAGGACAACAGCGGGCACCAGCAGUGCAACUUCUGAAAGUACAGGCGAGCCAUCCCAGCUGGACUUGGACAACAUGGUGGUCCCGGGCCUGAGCAACUUCAGCAGUGACGAGGCAGCCAUGGCGGUCAUCAUGAGCUUGCUGGAGACAGAUGUGAACAUGGGUCAAACUGGGGACUUUGAGGACUUACACUGGCCUUUCUAGAAGGCACAUAGACUUUUAGCCCCUCUCAAAUGCUCUUGUGCCGUUUUCAUGCCGUUUGCCGAGAACUUGGCCAUUCGGUUGUUCUUUCUUUGACCGACUGAUCCAGCCUUGCACAACUGAACCCACUGGACAUAUACCAAAGGCUGCGACAGGUGGUACUUGAGGAAGAUUAAAGGAAAUGUUAUGACUGUGAUUGCUCUGUUGGUCCCCUGGGCCCACGCCUAAAGGAAAGUGAGGUCAAAGUGUCCCUGGAGCCUGUGGUAGGUCAGUGUCUUCCGCAGUGACACAUCUUUUAAGGGGCUUUCCACAGCAGAACAAUCUCUCUGUCCACUCUGCUGCCAUCUGUGAGUGACCAAGGUCUGGAGGAGAGUCAGACCCCUGCUGUGUGCAGUGCUGCUAGAGAAACUCCUCAAACCUUUGACAUUUACAAAACCUUUGGUACCCAGUGAUAACAUACGUCUCUAAUUGUUCCAUUUGUUUAUUGUUUUUAAAAGGUCUCCUGCCAACACAUUUGAAGUCAUUUUAAAAGAAUACUCUUCUGUCUGAUAUCAUGUCCAGUAAGUAUUGACGAGGCUAAAAAGGACGUCUAUUCCUUUUCCUUCAGUAAGAAUUCCAGACUCUAUGAUGUGCAAACAUGGAGAUGCCUUAGGCCUCGCACCAGGUCUGGUCCAGGUAUACUCCAAUUAUGAAUAUUAUGGCUUAUUCUAGUCAUGUCUUAAUGUUCAGGAAUGAUGUCAGAAAGAAUGUCAGCCAUCAUAUGGAAAUUUCACUGUCUUUUACUGAGCUAGUCAAGCAACUUUUAUACACUUUAACUGGUUCAGUCAUAUGAUCAGAAUACAUUUGACGAACUAGGUCUAACAAUAGGUGCAAGGUGUAUGCACAGCAAGAACUAAUUAUUGAGGAAACAUUGAGUUGUGUCUUUGACGUUCAGAGGACUAAUAUAGGCCUUCAUCCACUAUACAUUUCAACAGUGUACUAUCAGAAAAUGAUUGUGUCCAAGUUUUUACAUUUAAAUCAGAAGAGACUAACAACGGGCACCACUAGUUUACUGACUAACAACAGCUAUUAGGAUUGAUGGCUAAUACUAUCAAAAACUACCAAGAAAUAUGUGUCAUGGAGAAGACUCUGUCCUGUGACUAAUUUGAAUAAAAUAAAUGCUUGAAGAAUGACUCUUGUUUACACUUUUGGUCCCAGGACAGACAGUUGAAAUGACACCUAGCUUUACAAUCAACCCAAAUCUGUGUGAUCUUGUUAGUUUCUCUGGUUUGGGUUAUAAAUUGCACAGCCCAUUCAAUUUCAGAAUUUCAUCCCUUCGACACAGGUUAUUCCCACGUUGAAAAGUAACUUUUUGCUUAAGAUUAAGUUCUUAUUGUGUCAUUUGCAUAUAUGGCCAUGGCUUCUACAAUAGUUGUGAUGCCCACCUGCAGACAUCUCAAAUUUGGAUAAAUCUUUUAUCAGAUAAAUGGGAUAACAGAUCAUUUCUAAUUUUCACCUUUUAGUGAAAAAUCACAUCUGUUGAAUUAAAGUCCAAAAUCAGGGGAGGUAACCAUUUCUCUUCAAGCUUGUAAAAUGUCUGUUUUCAUACUGAAUGUGCACUAAAGGACUGAGCCCUACUAUGCCUAUACUGUGUUCAUAUAUCCCAUACUUACUGUACUCCAGACAGUUCUGUGAAAGUAAUCCACACUGAGCUCCUGGAAAUAUUAUGGAAGGUCCACCUUGGAUGGUAUGGAGAAUGUUUUCCAGUGUUAACAAGGGACAAGCCAACAUGUUUUUAGGGGAAAAUAUUUUAUUGCUGUUGUGUCAUGUCUUACCCUCUCUCUCUGUUGCCCUAUACUAGUGUUUGAACAGCCUACCACUGCACAGAAAUUAGACAUUGUAUUUGUGUUGCUAGGGAGAUGAAAAUGUUGUUUCUGAAUGUCCCAUUACCACAACAGCCUCUUGUAAAAGAAAACUCCACCCGGAGCAUCUCAACAUUGUUUUCAGAAAACACCUAUUGGGGUUAUACAAUGUAUUUCUCUAUAAAUUUGUUUUUGUGGUACUUUCUACACAAGUAGUAGCUUGUGUAGAAAGACCAGAAUGCAAUACAGCUGCAAGAUGGAUGGAAUUCUGAGCCAAAUAUUGUGCAGAAUCAUAUCCACAGAGGAAUAAUUAUGCUUUCAAGCUAUUUACAUGUUUUCAGAAAAACCCAAAUUCAAGAUCAGUAGGUUAAUGACAGUUAUCUGGCAUUGGCAGACAGAUGGAAAGAGUUCAUCAAAAAGUAAAUUAAAUUUUUAUCACAAAAUGUCCCUUGAAAUGUACUUUGGAUUAAUAUUAACAGUGCUUGAGUAUGUGUGGGUGGAUUUUACUUUUAAACUCAGUGACAGGCCUUCAUGCAGCACAUGUAAACUGUGGUUAUAUCACUGGUUCCUCUAAUCUUGAAAGCAUAAUGUGAUUGUGAAGCCUUGAACACAUGUUGUUUCUGACAUUGUUCAAUUGUAAAUUAACCAUUAUGCGCUCUUUGUGGCUUUAAAGCAACAACAGUUGGUACUAGACAAUAUUUGCUGUUGCCAUCAGUGCCAUUUGAAAUGGACACUUAGGAGUAUUGAAUAUGCCCUGCUAUCAAAAGAUAAAAUGUUUGAUAUUUGUAUGUGCAAAUUGUCGUUUAUGUAUCUGCUGUAACAAGGAAAGGAAGUUGAAGUCUUUUAAAGUAAAACAGU